AUGUCCGUUGAUGCCGAACAGAUCGCCAGGCGCGCCAAGCACGCCUUUGAAGAGGCACAGCAGCGUCUUACCCAGGGCGCCGCCGCCGACCAGGCCCGCAGCGCAGCACUCGAGCAGAUCCGCGCCCACCUCCAGGAUGCCCGCGACGAGAUCGAGGCCGCAAACAAGGAGGACAUGCGCCUCGCAAACGAGCAGGUCGCCGCCGGCAACCUGUCCGCCUCGCUCGCCUCCCGCCUCGACCUCUUUUCCAAGCCGGGCAAGUGGGAGUCGAUGCUCCAGGGCGUAUCGGACGUCGCAGCUCUGCCCUCGCCCCUCGACGUCUGCACCUACGCCAAGCGCCUCGCCGAACCCACGUCCAAGUCGGGCGCGCUCGACCUCUACCGCCUCACCUGCCCCAUCGGCGUGCUCCUCUGCAUCUUCGAGGCGCGUCCCGAGGUCAUCAUCAACAUUGCCUCGCUCGCCAUCAAGUCGGGCAACGCCGCCAUCCUCAAGGGGGGCAAGGAGAGCAAGCACACCGCAGCAGUCAUGGCAAAGGUCGUGGCCGCCGCGCUCGCCACCACCCCGCUCCCCAGCGACCUGGUCCAGACGGUAGAGACCCGAGGCGACGUCGCCGCGCUGCUGCACCAGGACCGGUACGUCGACCUCGUCAUCCCACGCGGAAGCAACGAGCUGGUCCGCUCCAUCCAGCGCGAGGCCAGGAUGCCCGUCAUGGGCCACGCCGACGGCCUCUGCGCGGGCUACGUUCACGAGGACGCCGAGGUCGAGAUGACAGUCGCCACCGUCAUCGACGCAAAGACCGACUACCCCGCCGCCUGCAACGCCCUCGAGACGCUGCUGCUGCACCGCUCGCACCUCACCUCGGGCCUCUGGACGACGCUGUCGUCGGCGUUGCUCCAGGUCGGCGUGACGCUGCACUGCGACGCCGAGUCGCUCCCCGUCGCCUCGCAGUCGCUCUCGCUCCUCCCCUCGUCGUCCUCCUCCUCGUCGUCGGCCAAGGUGGGCAAGGUGGUGGCGGCGACGGCCGAGGACUUUGACACCGAGUUCCUCGACCUCGAUCUGGCCAUCAAGGUCGUUUCGGACGUCGACGAGGCCAUCCGACACAUCAACGAGCACGGGUCGCACCAUACCGACAUUAUCCUCUGCCGUCCCCUCGACGCCGACGCGCACACCACCUACAACCCUACGCCAGGCGCCCAGGGGGCUAGCGGCGAGAUGGCGAGCCCGGUCGAGCAUCCGGCCGCCAAGAAGUUCACGCAGUCGCUCAGCAGCGCCAAUGUGUUCGUCAAUGCGAGCAGCCGCUUUGCCGACGGGUUCCGAUACGGCUUCGGCACAGAGGUCGGCAUCUCGACCGGCAGGACGCACGCGCGCGGACCCGUGGGUCUCGAGGGACUCGUCAUCUACAAGUACGUCGUCAAGGCCCAGGGUCGCGGGCCGCAGACGGCCGCCGAGUUCAAUGGCGCCCCGCAGGACGGCGGGGAGAAGAGGGAGUGGGCCCACAACGACAUCGAGAUGCGGUAUCCCCGCUUCUAG